GAGGGGACAAUCUUAGCCAAUGGGAGCCGGGCCGUAAAUCCCAGCGCGGCCUGUGGACUGAGCGGCGCGGACGAGUUGAGGCGGCCAUGAUCGAGCAACACAAGCGGAAGGGCCCGGAGCUGCCUCUUGUUCCCCUCAAGCGGCCCCGACAUGAACUGCUGUUGGGAGCGGCGGGGCCGGGGGCCGGGGCCGGGCCUGCUGCGGGGCAGCAGCCGCCGCCAGGGGCCCUGCUACAAGCGGGUCCUCCAAGGUGUUCCUCUCUUCAGGCUCCCAUCAUGCUGCUGUCAGGACAUGAAGGGGAAGUGUACUGUAGCAAGUUCCAUCCCAAUGGAUCCACCUUAGCAUCUGCAGGAUUUGACCGGCUCAUCUUGUUGUGGAAUGUGUAUGGGGAUUGUGAUAACUACGCUACCCUGAAAGGGCACAGUGGAGCAGUCAUGGAGCUGCACUAUAACACCGAUGGGAGCAUGCUCUUCUCAGCUUCCACAGAUAAGACUGUUGCUGUAUGGGAUAGUGAGACCGGAGAGAGGAUUAAGAGGCUGAAGGGGCACACUUCCUUUGUGAAUUCCUGUUACCCUGCCAGGAGGGGCCCCCAGCUAGUCUGCACUGGCAGUGAUGACGGCACAGUUAAGCUUUGGGAUAUCCGGAAGAAAGCAGCUGUCCAGACAUUUCAGAAUACCUACCAGGUAUUGACUGUGACCUUCAAUGACACCAGUGAUCAGAUCAUCUCUGGUGGCAUCGACAACGACAUCAAGGUCUGGGAUUUGCGCCAGAACAAGCUGACAUACACCAUGAGAGGCCAUGCCGAUUCUGUGACAGGCUUGAGUCUAAGUUCUGAAGGGUCUUACCUGCUCUCCAACGCAAUGGACAACACAG